CACUCACAGUUGUUAUUUAUAGAAAAGCUUUUAUAGGGAAGUCUCAGAUGCUGUAACUGUGGGCUCAUUCCAGAGAAUCUAAAGCUCAGUUGAUCAGCCUUUCACAUUUUCUUACUUCAGAUGAAUCUGGACUGCAAGAUCCCUGUUAGGAAGGUGGCAGCAGGAGAGGACAGGGAGUCCCUGAUGCGCUGACGGUUGGCCAUGUCUGGGAAGCACUGGCCCCCCGGGACGCAGUGUGUCACCAAGCAUGACCACAGCAAGCCCAAGCCCCGGGAGCUGGCCUUCCGCAAGGGGGACAUGGUCACCAUCAUCGAGGCCGUGGAGGGCAAAGGCUGGUACCGCGCCAGGCACAACGAGACGGGGCAGGAGGGGCUGCUGGCAGCCAGCGCACUGCGGGAGCGCGGCGCCAUCCGCGCCGACCCCAAACUCAGCCUGAUGCCCUGGUUCCACGGGAAGAUCUCAGGGAUGGAGGCGGUGCAGGAGCUGCAGCCCCCCGAGGACGGGCUGUUCCUGGUGCGUGAGUCUGUCCGGCACCCCGGUGACUACGUGCUGUGCGUGAGCUUUGGCAAGGAGGUGAUCCACUACCGCGUGGUGCACGAGGAGAACACGCUCAGCAUCGACAGCCAGCAGUACUUCUCCAACCUCAUUGACAUGAUUGAGCAUUACAUGAAGGAGCAGGGAGCCAUCUGCACCAAGCUGGUGAAGCCCAAACCAAAAUCUGGGAUGAAGUCAGCUGAGGAGGAGUUGGCCAAAGCUGGCUGGUUGCUGAACCUGAAGCACCUCACACUGGGAGACCGCAUUGGGCAAGGCGAGUUUGGAGAUGUCCUGCAGGGCGAGUACUUGGGGCAGAGGGUGGCUGUGAAGAACAUCAAGUGUGAUGUGACUGCCCAGGCCUUCCUUGCUGAAACAGCUGCCAUGACGAAGGUCCGGCACAAAAACCUGGUGUGUUUGCUGGGAGUGAUCCUGCACAAUGGCCUCUACAUUGUCAUGGAGUUCAUGAGCAAGGGCAACCUGGUGAACUUCCUGCGCACGCGGGGCCGGGCGCUCGUCCCGACCCAGCAACUCCUCCUGUUUGCUCUGGAUGUGGCUCAAGGCAUGGACUACCUUGAGUCCAAGAAGUUGGUGCACCGGGACCUGGCUGCCCGCAACAUCCUCAUCUCCGAGGAGAACGUGGCCAAAGUGAGCGACUUCGGCUUGGCCCGGGUCAACCCCAAGGGUGCAGAUGCCACAUUGCUUCCUGUGAAGUGGACGGCACCAGAGGCCCUGAAACACAAUAAAUUCUCCUCCAAGUCAGACGUGUGGAGCUACGGGAUCCUCCUGUGGGAAACCUUUUCCUUUGGACGGGCACCCUACCCUAAGCUGGCUCUGAAGGAGGUGACGGAGCUGCUGGAGCAGGGGUACCGCAUGGACCCCCCCGAGGGCUGCCCGCCCACCAUCUAUGCCCUGAUGAAGAGCUGCUGGGAGCUGGAGCCAGGCAAGCGCCCAUCCUUCAAGAAACUCACAGAGAAGCUGCAGAAGGAGCUGAAGCACCUGAGGGACAUUUAACCCCCAUCCUGCUACUAGGACACAGGACCUGAAGUCCCUAGACCCUCCAGCGUUGGGAGUGGCAGCAGGGGCCAGGAACAGGAAGGCCUGUGGUGCUGCUCUCUCCCUGUGGAGAUGGGGCAGUAGCCUCCCUCCAUCUCAGCAUGGUCCUUCUACCCACCACACAGCCCAGAGAAGGUUGCCAUGGGAUUGAUGUCCCCUGGCCCACCAGAGUGGGGAGCACAGACCCCAAGGGAGCCAAGCCCACAUCCCCUGUGCUCAGCCCCAGGAGCAGAUGCUGCAUGUGGGGUCCCUUCAAGCUGUGACUCCCAGUGAUGGGAGACAGGACUGGACAUCACCACUCACUGGAGGAUGAGACCCCACCCUGACUCAGCCCUGCCCCAGUGCCCAGCCCCACACGGGGAUGCUGGCACAGCCAGCUAAACCACAUGGAUUUGGGCUUUUUGAUUAAACCAAAGAAAUUCGUUCAACAGCA